UCUUUGCACCUUCAAUCACCGUUGUUGAUCGAUCACCUCUGAAAUCGAUACAUCUUGCAAGCUGUUAGCAAGAGCCUACGAGCUAGUCAAGUCGAGUGAAAUAGCUAGCAUGACUGGCGUGUGGGUAUUCGAGGACGGGAUCGUGAGGCGGGCGGACAGCGAGGCGCCCGGCCGCGGCGGCGGGAGCGGGGCGCGGCCGGGCAAAGUGCUGGUGCAUGUGCCGAGCGGCGAGGUGGUGACCACGUACGACGUCCUGGAGCGGCGGCUGCGGGAGCUGGGGUGGGAGCGCUACCUCAACGACCCGUGCCUGCUCCAGUUCCACCAGCGUUCCACCGUGCACCUCAUCUCCGUCCCGCGAGACUUCGCCCGCCUCAAGCUCGUCCACAUGUACGACGUCGUCGUCAAGACGCGCAACGUCUUCGAGGUCCGCGACGCGUGAGCUUCCAAGCUUGCCUGUCUGCCCUGGGUAAGAUAUAGAUACCACGAGGUAGUUUUCGUCUACCUCGCAGGACGGCCGGCCGCCAUAUAUAUUACCACCGUACGUAUGUAUUGUAUGUGUGCGAUCAAAAUACCACGGUACUACGUGCGCGUGCGUGUGGCUUUUGCUGGUCUGCAUGUGUGUAGCUCAAUACGGCCGGGGUCGUCUGGUGCUACUAUCUCCAGCCGAAUUGUUUGUACAUAUAUAUUACUAUAUUGUACUGUAUGGUUUGUGAAGCUUGAGUGGUAGAUUCAGUGAACCGAAUCAAUCACUCACGCUCUAUAAAAUGCAAUAUAAAUAAGAGAUUUUCAUUAAUUAA